CGCCUGCAAACAUUCCUGUAAAUUGGAUAUCUUGAUGUUUCGUCCAUCCUGCAACAUCCUGCUUUGUGGAUGGGGAUUUUUCUAAUAGUCUGUUGGUAUUUCUUUUGAAGUGUGUUCGGUUCGGUUGGUAUUCGUUUGGUGAUGUUUGUUUGCUUAUUUCGUGGUGGUGGUGGUGCCUUGCAGUGCCUUGGUUCGUUUCGCGUAAUGUUUUGUUAGUAGUGGGCACGAUCAUCAGCGGAUUAGGUUAUGUUUAGUAUUAUCUAAAGACAUAUAAUAGAGAGAUGGUUCGAAGCGGCGGGCGCGAAAGGAGCAGAAGUUUGGAGAGGAAGAGGCGCCGAUCGAGGAGCAGGGAAAAGGAACGUUCCAACAAAUCGAGCAGACACAGGAGGAGUAGAUCGAGGGAUAAGAGGAGCAGAUCGAGGGAGAGAGAUCGUAGGAGAUCACACAGCAGAGAGAGAGAUAGGAAAGGAGGUGUUGGCGGAAUUGAAAGCAAGGAGAGAACGGGUGCUGGUGGAGGAGGUGGUGGUGGUAGGAUCGGUAAGAAGGAGAGGAGAGGUAAAUCAAAGUCACCAAAGGGAAAAGAUGAUCAGUCGGGUGGAGGUGGAGAGUUGCCCUUCGAUCCGACCAAUUUGGAUAAGGAAGAGGAACAGAAGAAGUUGGAGCUGGAGAUGCAGAAGAGACGUGAAAGGAUAGAGAGAUGGAGAGCAGAGAGAAAGCAAAAGGACGAGCAAGAGCCGCCGAAGAAAGAGGAGAUGACGCAAGCAAAUAUGAAGAAAUGGUCAUUGGAAAACGACUCUGAGGAUGAGGAUAAAGUUGUGGAGAAGGAAGAGGAGGAGAUGGAAGUUGAGGUGAAGGAGGAUGUGGAUCCGUUGGACGAGUACAUGCGUGGUGUGCAGGAGGAGGUGAGGAAAAUAACGAAGAUCGACGUGAGGAAGGGAAAGACUCUUUCCUCGUCAACAACUAUGAUGUCGACGAUGACGACGACGAUGUCAGCAACAUCUGGCGAUGUUCAGCGAAGGGGAGCGAUGGUCAUUGUAACGGGUGUUGCGACGAAGGCGAAGAUCGUGACGAACAAGGGUGAAUUGAUCGAGCAGAAUCAGGACGGAUUGGAGUACUCUUCGGAGGAGGAAAUCGAAGAUUUGAAGGAUACCGCAGCGAACAUCGCCAACAAGCAGAAGAAGGAGUUGGCCAAGAUAGAUCACAGCGAGGUGUCGUACGCUUCGUUUCGCAAGAACUUUUACGUGGAGGUGCCGGAGAUUGCGAGGAUGACGAACGAAGAGGUGGACGCGUAUAAGGAGGAACUCGAGGGGAUCCGUGUGAAAGGUCGUGGCUGUCCGAAACCGAUAAAGACGUGGGCGCAGUGCGGCGUCUCGACGAAAGAAAUGAACGUGCUGAGGCGUCUCGGUUUCGAGCGACCGACGCCGAUUCAGACGCAGGCGAUCCCCGCAAUUAUGUCAGGUAGAGAUUUAAUUGGGAUCGCGAAAACGGGCAGCGGUAAAACACUUGCCUUUCUGUUGCCGAUGUUUAGACACAUACUGGACCAGCCGCAGCUGGAGGAGACGGACGGACCCGUCUCCAUAAUCAUGACGCCGACGCGCGAACUCUGCAUGCAAAUUGGAAAGGACAUUAAACGAUUCACCAAGAGUCUCGGGUUGCACGCGGUCUGCGUCUACGGCGGAACGGGCAUCUCCGAACAGAUUGCCGAACUGAAGAGAGGAGCCGAAGUCAUCGUCUGCACGCCUGGAAGAAUGAUCGACAUGCUCGCAGCGAACAGCGGAAAAGUCACCAAUCUGCGUAGGGUCACGUACAUCGUGCUCGACGAGGCAGAUCGAAUGUUCGACAUGGGUUUCGAGCCGCAGGUAAUGAGGAUCAUCGACAACGUAAGACCAGACAGACAGACGGUCAUGUUCAGUGCGACGUUCCCGAGACAGAUGGAGGCGUUGGCGCGUCGCAUCCUGCAACGUCCCAUCGAGAUUCAAGUGGGCGGAAGAUCGGUGGUAUGCAAGGAGGUCGAACAGAACGUCGUCAUAUUGGAGGAGGAUCAAAAGUUCCUCAAACUGCUCGAACUGCUCGGUCACUAUCAGGAGCACGGCAGCAUCAUUGUGUUCGUGGAUAAGCAGGAAAACGCCGACAUCCUCCUCAAGGACCUGAUGAAAGCGUCGUACAAUUGCAUGAGUCUGCACGGCGGCAUCGAUCAGUUCGACAGGGAUUCGACGAUGAUCGACUUUAAAUCGGGAAAAGUCAAGCUGCUGGUGGCGACGUCGGUGGCGGCACGAGGAUUAGACGUAAAGCAACUGAUCUUGGUCGUAAACUACGACUGUCCCAAUCACUACGAGGACUACGUGCAUCGAUGCGGCAGGACGGGAAGAGCCGGCAACAAGGGAUUCGCGUACACGUUCAUCACGCCAGAGCAGGAGCGAUACUCGGGCGACAUCAUAAGGGCGUUCGAUUUGGCGCAGGUGACGGUGCCGGAAGCGUUGCGCACCCUCUGGGACACGUACAAGGCGAAGCAGGAGGCGGAAGGAAAGAAGGUCCAUACCGGAGGCGGUUUCAGCGGCAAAGGAUUCAAAUUCGACGAAACCGAGGCGGCGGCCGCGAACGAACGCAAGAAGUUCCAGAAGGCCGCGCUCGGUUUGCAGGAUUCGGACGACGAGGAUCUGGAACACGACAUAGAUCAGCAAAUAGAAAGCAUGUUUGCGACGAAGAGGAUAGUGAAGGAGAUAAAGGCGCCGAUGGCAGGAGGUGCGGCGAACGCAGCUUCAUCAUCGAGCGCUGGUGGUGGUGGUAAUUCGCAACAAUCGCAGCAGCAGAUGCAGUCGCAGCAACAGUUGCAGCAGCACACGGCCGCCGACAAACUGGAGCUGGCCAAGAAGUUGGCCUCCAAGAUCAACCUGAGCAAGAGCAUGGGAACUGACACAAAGUUCGCGACGCAGCAGGCGGCCGAAUCCAUCCUCAAAGGAUCCGGUUCUCAUCCACUGAUCACUGCAAAAACGGUCGCCGAACAAUUGGCUGCAAAACUGAACACGAGACUAAACUAUCAGCCGAAGGACGAGGACGAUCGCGGCGAGGAAGAAUCUGAGCAGACGUUCAGGAAGUACGAGGAGGAGUUGGAGAUCAACGAUUUCCCACAGCAGGCGCGCUGGAGAGUGACGAGCAAGGAGGCUCUCGCGCAGAUAUCCGAGUACUCGGAGGCCGGCAUCACGGUGCGAGGCACUUACGUUCCAACCGGGAAAUCCGCGCCGGACGGUGAACGCAAACUCUAUUUGGCGAUCGAGAGCACGAGCGACAUCGCCGUAUCCAAAGCGAAAUCGGAGAUCACCAGGCUCAUCAAAGAGGAACUGCUCAAACUGCAGACGGCCGGCCACCACACCUUCAGCAAGGCAAGAUACAAAGUUGUCUAAUCAUCACCACCUUCACAAAGAAAACGAGCAUCAAGACACAAACAGAAUACAUAUUCUUGUUUUGGUGUUGUUGUUGUUGACGUGUGUUUGUUUACUUACUGCAACAGAAUUUACAAUUCAUUGAACAGAUUGGAAAGUAAUAAUAAUAAUAAUAAAAGAAUGAGGGAAUUACAAUUGUUAUGUUAUAAAUAAAUUGACCUAUUUCAAAGUUUGUAUGUUUCGAGUAAAUUGAAUGAAAUAAAUAAUUCAAUUGAU